ACUUAGAUUAUUAAAAUGUUUAUUUUAAAUGUUUCUUGUUUUUAAGAACUGGUUCUUCUGUGGCAUUGCUAUGAAAACCCUGUUUUGGAACCUGUAUUUUGAAGAGUGUACACAUGAACACCCAGCUUUAUUUAGCCUAAAGACCAUAAGUGACUUCAUUUUCAAGAGUUUUCUUUAGACAAAAGGAAGGAAAUAAGACCUGAGGUGUCAACGUGUCUCCUAAAACAGGCAGUAGAAACAGCAACUAACAUCAGAGAACUUGAAACACAGCAGCAUAUAAUGACGAUUAGCUCUGUGUCUUUCAUUGUUUGUGUGAAUUUACACAAAGUGAAGAUCAUGAACUCCAGACUCUCAGCGCUGAUCCUGCUGCUGCUCAUUCAAGGCUCCGUAACAUUGGACCGACUCUCUGUGACCUGUAGUCAAAAGAGUAUUUGUGCUGUGAAGGGGACAGAAGUGACACUGACGUGCUCUUACUCCAACAUCAACAUCAAAACUGUGUUCUGGUUCAGUGAGAAACAAAGUACAAACUGGAGAAAAAACAAUGAACCUGAAGAUUUGACUUUAGACUCAGACUACUCAGGACGAGUGAAACAUCAGAUCUCAAACAGCUCUUCAACACUCACAAUAUCAGACGUGAGAGAGAGAGACUCUGGAGAAUAUCAGCUCAUGUUCAUCAUGAAUGAUGGAGUUAAACAUCUCAGCUCAGCAGCCGUCAGUCUAACAGUCACAGACCUGCAGUUGAGGAUGAAUCCUGUAUCUAAAGACCCGACAGAUGAGAGAGUACAACUGACCUGUGAUUCUUCCUGCACUUUGACUUCUGGAGGUCAUUAUUACUGGAUGAAGAAUGGACAGCAUUUCACAUAUACACAGUCCUCCAACAUGUUUGUGUUAAUCAGUAGAAAUGCUGGCAGCUUUUCCUGUUCUCAUGAUCAAAACCUGAAACAUCCCUCCUCUUCUGUGUGUGUUUCUCAGAGUGGCUGCUGGGAUGUGACUUACACCUCUACAAGAGUCUGUGCUUUGGUGAACUCAACAGUAGACAUUUCCUGCACAUACUCACAUCCCUCUGAUCAUACUGUAAAUAAAACAUUCUGGCAUUACGGUCCAUCUGAUGGUCGAUCUCAGGACUUCAAGGAUCUGCGUGAGGAGCAUCAGUUUGCUGGUCGUGUGGAGUAUGUGGGGAACAAACUGAGAAUCAAAGAUCUCAAGAUCAGUGACUCUGGAGAAUAUCGAUUCAGGAUCAUCACUGACUUAAACCAAUACUCUGGAUCACCUGGAGUCAUUCUUACUGUUACAGGUACACAGAUAAAAAGCAGCCCAUCUGCUGUAACAGAUGAAGAAGUGAUAUUAAGCUGUUUAACUAAUUGCACUCUGAACGACAAACACACUUACAUCUGGUACAAGAACAGACGACAGGUAACAGAUGGAUUCACUAAAGUCAACAAGCUGUACCUGGACUCAGUCAGCAAUGAAGAGCUUCAACAGUAUUCCUGUGCUGUAGGAGACACAACAAGUCCAGAGUCCAGCACAGCUUUACUGAUCACUGUAAUCAUACUGUCUGUGCUGCUGAUUCUUACACUUAUAGGAGUCCUGUUAUACAGGAGGAGAAAGCAUAAUUCAUCUCAACAGCAUGAAGACACAAUGGAGAGUGAACAGUUGGGUUCAGAUAUGCUGUAUGAAAAUGCUGCAGCCUUGUCUACGGUCUGCACACAGCAAGUUCACACAGGUGAUCAGGAUGUUCAUUAUUCAGCUGUUAAUUUCAAGCAGUCUCACACAAAGAACACAUCAUCAGCUCCUACUGUUGUACAAUCAACCACAGGUGAUGUUCAUUAUGCUGCUGUGAAGUUCAGCUGAACCUUAAAAUACAUCUAUACUCAACAACCCAACAUUGGCAGCAGUUACUGUCUGCUAUAUUGUGAGCUUUUGCUUUUGUCUAAUGUUUAUGGUAUCCAUGUGUAUUUACUAUAUAUAAAUCAACUAUAUAUAUAUAUAUAUAUAUAGAUGCAUGCAUUUUUUCUCUUUUUUUUAAUCCUUAAAUGUUUAAUUUUUUAAAAUAUAUGAAGUUCAUCAAAAACAAACAAAUAAACAUAUGCAUGAA